AUUGGUUUACAGUGGUUUUGUGCCCAUUGUUACAGGGGUAUUCCCCUUUAAAUGUGGCAUGACAACAAAGCAACUGACAACUACAGUAACUAACUGGAGUAGCUAAGGGCCUUCCCGCCCCAGGCAGGGCUUCCCUUUGAUUGGCGGCAUGGGACAUCAAUCUUCUGCGAUGGGGAAGGCCCCUCUCCCCCGGAAUGCCACAGUCCAUGAGAUGUGUACACACACUGACACUAGGGCAUUGGCUGCAGGGAGCCAGGCUGAAAGGAGCAAGGAGCAGGCAAGGCACUAGGAAAAACUUAACACGAUGCAAACUCCUGGGUUUGCACUUUCCCUUUCCUGGUUGUGACUCUGUGACUGCUGCUUCCUGACCCUCCUAGUGCUAAAGAGAGAAACAGCUGGGGGAAGGGGCAGGGGAAAGAACAGACCUGGGGGCAAGUGGCUGUGGGGUUGCUGAACCUCCGCUUGGUGUUUCCUACCCAACGGAGGUGCCAGGGCAGGUUUAUCUUUUCCUCUGGAGACUGCAGUGAGCUGGAGCGAGAUCUGGAAGAAAGGAGUUGGGAGUGACCGCUCUCUUGGCCAUGUUUGCUCCCAUGUCUUUUCCAAGGAGGCAGAUCACUGGAGCUCCUGGUAGCCGUUCUGUCCUUUCAGCCACCUGUCUGGAUGAAUCUUUGCAGCUGCCUGACUAGACAUCUCUGGUGGCUCCUGUAGAUACUGGCAGGCGGAAGGGAGGAGGCUUCUUGGGAAGUUUGCUCCUGGUCUGCCCUACUGAGGACGCUGCUGAGAUGUGCAGCCCCUUCCCCCUGCUGCUUUCCCCAGACCCCCAGCAGGUGUUGCAGGCUGUCCAAGGCCUUGUGGCUGAUCUUCACAAGGACAAAGAAGGCAUGCUGGAGGUUUUCUUGGGAGAUGCUGAGUGCGAAGAGUAUCUGGGGGCUCUUUGUAGACUCCUGGCUUCUCCCGAAGUGAGGCUGUGCAGCAACGUCGCCUACAUCCUGGGCACCAUCGCCGAGAAUGAGAGCGGGGCGGCACGCCUGGUGGCACUGGCAGGAGGUGGCUCGGGCUCCGAGGGUCUCCUGGAUAGCUUGAGCGCCAUGCUGACCUGGGACGACCCAGAGGCUGUGAUGAAUGCGGCAGGCACCCUGGGCUCCCUGGCGGAAACAGGUCCCAGCCGGCAAUGGCUGCUCCAAGCCCAGAAAGCUGACGAGAUUGUUGAGAAGCUCAGAGGGCUGCUGGGCUCAGCUGACGAAGGCACGGCAAGCAACGCUGCCCUGGGGCUGGCCCGAAUCGCUGGCUCCCAGGAGGGCCGCGUGAAACUGCUGGGCCACCCUCGCUCCCAGCACCUCCUGAGACAGCUGAUCGCCUCCCUGAGAGCAGAGGAAGCAGGCUGCAGCAUGAACGCUGCCUUCGCGCUGGGGCGCCUGUGUGACACGGACCUCGGCCUGCGGCAGCUCUUUGCCCUCCCUGAAGUCCCCAGCAUGAUCCAUGCCCUGGUGUCCAUGAUGGCCAGCGCGGAGGCAGGAGGGAGCCGGAACGCCUGCUUUGCUCUCAGCUGCCUGGCUGCCAACAAGGAGGGGCAUGACCACGUGCUGCAGAGCCCUGCCUUCCCCCGGGCUCUGGAUACGCUGGGCCACCUGCUUUGUGCCGAGGAGCAGGAGUCCUCCUGGUUUGCUGCCAUGACCAUGCAUGUGCUCGCCAGCCAGCCCAAGGGAGUGAUGAAACUAAGAGAGCACCCAGAGCUGGAACACCUCCUGCAGGAAGUGGCUGCCUCAGAGACAGCAGGACAAGAGCUGCUAGAGGAAGUGACUGGCACCCUGGCCAAGCUCCGGCGCCUCCCGAAACCCCCACCCCCGGAAGCCAAAGUUCUGGAUUCUGGUUCCAUCCAGGUGGCCUGGGAAAGUUUCAGGCCUCAGAGCAGCCUUGAGGUCAAUUACAGGCUCUAUGAUGGGGAUGCCCUGCUGUACUGGGGGCCAGCGCUCAGCUAUGCCUUCGCAGGCAGCGUGCCACGCCAGGAAUACCACUUUCAGCUCUGCCUUGAGGCGAGGGGCGACCGGGGGCCGUACAGCGAUGCUACGGUGCUGCCCAGAGAAGAGCCAGUGCCCAGUUGCCCCUUGGACUUCCACGUGACAGGUCGUACGGCCACCCAGUUAAAAUUGAGCUGGGCCCCUCCGGCCGAGCCCAACGGCCCCAUCAAACACUACACAGUGUACAGGGGGGAGGCCCUGGUGGGCUCCACCCCAGAACUCAGCUGUGUUGUGGGAGGCUUGGCCCCUUCCACGAGCUACCGGCUCAGUGUCUGCGCAUGCACCAGCAAAGUCCAGGGAGGGAAGGCCACCCUGCUCACCAAGACCAUGUCCCUGAGGGGCCAUGCCCCGGAGGGGUUAACCCUUCUAGUGCUGGGGCGCAGUGAGAUCUUUGUGACGUGGGACGUGCCCAAAGCGCCCCUGGGACGCUUCUUUAACUAUGAGCUGUGCCUGAAUGGGGAAGUGGUGUACCUGGGCACGGCGCGCUCCUACACGGCCCGCAGGCUCAGGGCCAACACGGCCUACACCUGCACCGUCAGCGCCCUCACCAGUGCGGGGCGCUGUGUCAGCCGGCCAGUCACCAAACGCACGCCCAGGGACGAGUACAGCGAUGUCAGCAGGUGCCAUCAUCCCUCCCCAGGGCGUGGGCAGCCUGCCACAGCCUCCGCUCCCAGCGAGACUCCGGAAUUCCCUCAGGAGCCAGGAAGGGGCAGAGGCAACGCAGGGGAGUCUUUCAAACCUUCCCCUGCCAGGCCCCCGAGAGCCCCUCUCCCGCUGAGCAGAAGGGCCAGUAAACCCUGGGAGAUUAAGAGCAGCGCAAAACCCGCUGCCACGCCCAGGAGAGACCCUUCCCUGUCCUGCUCCAGACAGCCAAGCCAGGAGACUCAAGCUGCCGGCCCCUCCAAGGCUGCCCCAUUUCCCAGGGACCCUGGGCACCCAAAGCAGCGGGCGCUGGAUGCAAAGAGCCUCCCCAGGCAAACUGCACUUUAGCCCAGCGGGGAGAAGAGCUCAGCCAAACCUGGGGCGCCGAGCAGACCGCUCUUCCCGGAGCUGGCAACAGUCCUCCCUCUCGGGCACCCGGCUUGGCAGGGCUCACCCGGUCUGCGUGCUGUGCCCAUGUCCCUUCAGCUCAGCCGCUCCCUAGAGUGGAGGAAACCCAGGCCGGCAGCCUCAGGCCAGCAGAGGCCGAGCUACGGGCACCCCCCUGUCCUGGAGAGCUUAGGGCAUCCGCAGCUCAGGGCUCCAUUGGGGAGCCAACAGCUCCGAGGGCUGCAGAGGCCAAAGCCACAAACAAGGACUGGCCAGGGCUGUAGCCGGCUCCUGGCCGCCGAGGAGCAGCGCCGGAGUCCUCGGAAGACAGCUGUGCCCCUGGGCGUGUCUCACAAGGGAAACGUCAGCCUCCACCCUGCAAUGAGCUCCUGGAGGUCUCAGCUGAGCUCAGGGAGCUGCACUGACACAGUCCCUGCCCCAAAAGCUUACAGCCUCAAGAGACAAAGGGUGGCAAGAAGAACUAAUGCACAGAAAGGGGAAGCGACUUGCCCAAGGUCACCCAGAAGGUCAGUGGCAGAGCUGGCAAUAGACCCUGGGUCCCCUGAGCCCCUGUCCAGCCUGCUAACCGCUAGGCUGCACUGCCUUCCCUUUUCUGCUCCUUUGACGCCCCCAUCCUCCCUCACUGCAGACCCUCCAGAGCUCCAGUUCUCAGGGCUAUGGCCCAGCGUGGAGGGAGGCUCUGUUCUGAAGGAAAUGGUCAGGGCCUCCCAGUAGCCACCUGCAGUCACAGGGCAGAGGCCCUGAGCAUCAGAGCUCGGCCCUGCCUCAAGCUGGGCACUGCCCAUGGCUGCCAGGGUCUCUGCACUCCGUGAGCAGGCUGGCUUGGCCGAGGGUGAGUUCCAGAUCUCAGGGCGAAUCCCUGUGGCUGUAAAAGCAUUGAGCAUCUGUGUCUCUCCAGCAGCCCCAGAAGGAGGAUGCGGGCAGGGCCUGCUGCACCCCCUGGCACCACGGCCUCAGCGGGGAGACAAGAGUUUGCAAUGGAAAGCAGCCAUGAAAAGCAGAAACCGUGGCCCUUUGGAUGGGAAACUGAGGCGGAGCUGCUUGUACUGGUGGGUGCUGACAGGGCCACGCCCUGACAAGCUGUGGUCCUGGGUAAUGCCCUGUGCCAUCUCCAUGGCCUGACUCAGCACUGACGGAGGCCUGGGGAGCAGGAAAUCAUCACUCGAGUCUGGAUUUCUCAUACAGAACUGACCUGACCUCAUGGCUCUGCCUACCCGAGGGGUCCCCAGGGGCUUUACACACCCUGGCCUUUGAUGCCCGCCGUGACAGUGUCUGGGAUCUCGACUGUCUCCCCAGACACCCACUGGCAGAGCGGAGCAACAUCUCAUCUAAAGGCUGGCACCUGCGCCAGCUGCCUGCCCUGGUGCUGCUCUGCAGGGAACCCAAGCCCUGGUGCAGGAGUGGAACCCACAACCUUUAGAUUGGAGGGAAAGUGGAGACAGUGAAUGUUUGGCACACCCCUGGGCAGGGAGGAGCUCUGGGUACAGCCAGGGAGGGUGGCUUGCUGGAGAUUAACACACACACACUCGGUGUGUUACUCUCUGACCCCCGUUGGCCAAUGACAGGAGGGCCGGGAGACUACAGACAGGGCCUGGAGGUGGGGGCGGAAAGGGAUGAGAAAUGGGGGGCCCUAGAGGCCCCCUCGUCUCUGCUGUCCAGCCUGCGGCGCACAGGGAGGCGCUGACACAGGGCCACCAGCCACAGCUCUCAUCUUGCCAAACACCCGAGGUUUGCCAGGCUCAGAACUCGCAUCCAGACCCUGGAAACAAUUCGCUGGGGAUUGUCCCUAGAGCUAAAUAGCUUUGGAAUAAACCGUCUCUGCUGCCGUCGAGACUGGGAUGUUCCCUGGGCACAAACAACCCGAGAGAGGGUGCCCUGCAAACUCAUUCCCCAACAGAGGGCACAGCACCUUCCCCAGCACACACGUGCACACGCACGAGAGGGCGUCACGCAAAGAUUUACCAAACAUGCCGCUCACCAAUCGAGGGUCCCCCUCCACAUCAUCCACCACAGGCACCCCCGUCACAGAAUCAGAGGCCCUGACCAUGCCCUCCCACACCUGACAAAGCCCCCAGGCGGGACCCCAGGUGAGGGACACAAAAGAUACCUUUUAUGCAGGAGACGGAAAACGCUGUGGGAGUUGCGCCCUGGCAUAUGCCUGGCUCUUCCCGUUCUAGCUGCAGUAAAUCAUUUUCAGCAAUAAAAGGGAAACCAGGGAGGCGCCAGGUGUGUGUGUGGAAGGCGGGUAACAGGACUAAAACCAGCAGCACCCCGGGGAACCAGGCGCACUGCAAGAUGCCACCUAUGGAGCAGCCCAGGAGGCCAGAGACAGAUUAGGCCGCGGAGAGCACCACAAACAACACUCGGCGCAGCAGGGGGCGCCCCCACCCAUUCACCGGCAGAGCGUGCCUGGCGCGUUCACACCCAUUCUGGACUGCGGGGUCCACAUGCAUAAUCCUCCCGUGACCACAGCCCGAAGUUACUGGUGGGCUUCGCCUCCCCCACACAUGCACUCGCUCACCGGCAGCAGACACCCGACACAUUCACAGGAGAGGGGGCCAGAGGGCAUCACACGCAAAAACACGCUUACACAAAAACACACCCCCACACCUCACACCUCCACAUUCACCCAGGGAGCGUGCCUAACGUACCCUGCCAACAGAGGGUCACCCCCGCACACCAGUGGAGGGCGAUGUCUCCCGCAAAGGCCGAGUCUAACAUAGGUCGUUGCAAGGCCUUAUGGAGACGCUUAACAAUGAGCAGCCCGCUAGCCCCAUGGACUCCAAUGGGACCCCUCCCCUAUGCACAGUUAUGUGUGUCCCGGUUUGUAGUAUCAGGGAUCUCAGGAGCACGUGCACACCCACCCACCCAUGCACAGCGGCAUGCAUACACCCCCCACACAGGCAGACACACGAGCAUGCACAGACACCGUAUGCACACGCAUGCACACACACGUGCAGACAUACGCA